AUGGCGUCAUGGUUGGAUGUGGAUGUUAAGAAUGAGGGACCAAGCAAAGUCGCAUGCACUGAUAUCAUCAAGAAGGGACUACGGCAGCAGAGGUAUCACCUUAAAAGGAAGUACUAUGAUAGCUCACUAACAAAAGAACAAUUUACCGGCUAG